GGGACCAAGAAUAGCACUCCAGCUAAUGUCCCGCAAUUUUUUAUUUUAAUUAAUGUUUUCAUCAAUUGAUUAUAUGUAGUCAUUUGGUACUCACCCAGUCAUUUGGAUUUGACAGAACAAUUUAUUUUCCUUUUUUUAAUUUCGUAGUAUAUUUGAUGAAGAUCGAACUUACUUGUGCAAUGAAAAACUAUGUGUUUUUAAAUAUUUAAAACGAAGGGUUUGACAUUUGUUUGUUUUGAAAAAAUCGAGCCAUAUUGUUGCAUAUUAUUUUUAAUUUUUUUGAAUAAAUAAACAUUAAUAAAAUGAUUAAAAUAACAGCAUUGAAUGAGGAAUUAAGUGAGGAAAGUGAUGAAGAAAAUAUACCAGCACUUACCCAAGAAGCUGAGGAACAAAUAGCCUUGACAGAAUACAACAGAGCCUUAGUGUUACUGAAAGAGGAACAAAUUGAUGAGGCACUUGAUGUCCUUAAAGACCUUUUAGAAACAGAAUUGCUUGAUCAAGUUGAAAAACCAGAUGUUUCUGAUGGACGUACACGUCCUAUGAUUUCUUUGAAAUACUGUUGCUACAAAAACAUUGGGGCAAUUUAUUCACAAAAAGAAAAGUAUAACGAAGCUAUCGACAACUAUUGUGAAGCAGCUAAUCUCGAUGACACUGAUGUUAUGCUCUGGUGUAGAAUGGGUAAAUUAGCCAUCAAAACUUCAAAUUUGGAAUUUGCAGGUUCAGCAUUCAAACAAGGCCUUAAAUGCAAUCCGAAUCACUGGCCCUGUCUUGACAGCAUUAUUACAGUUAUGUUUGCUGUACCAGAUUACAUGAAUUGCCUUUUGUAUAUCUCAAUGGCACUUGAACGAGAUCCAAGCUACGUCAAGGGUCUAGCAUUUCGUGAUAAAAUAUACAGAGACAUUCCAUACUUUGAAGAAAGCUAUAAACUUUUCAAUAGUGACUGGGCCCUUGAUCCACCAAUAAACCGUGAAUUUGAUCGUUUGUUAGGAGACAAGUUGAUCACAGAGGCCAAAGAUAUAGCUAACAAGUGGAUUGAAUAUUGUAAACCUGAUUUUACGUGUAAAUCAUUGUUAGAAUUAUCAUUAAGAAAACCAAUAAUCAGUUAUUCGUGGCUUGACUUUGGACUGUCUCUUGUUGAUAUGCAUCAAUUUAUCAGUGAUAAUAAUUUAAAUUUCAUAAGUAAAAUAAAGCUAAAUGUAAAUAAUUUGGAUGAUGAGAAAAUGGAGACUGAUGUAAAUCAGCAAGAUAUCGAAAAAGAUAAUGGAAUCCUUGAGGAUGUUGUUCCCGAAAUUAAUAAUUUAUUAGCUGAUAGUGUAAAUAUUACAGAAGAACGGAAAAACUCAGUAAAUAAUGAUCAAGAAGUACCAAAUGUUAAUAUUGAUAUUGAAUUGAUGGAGGUCGAUGUUAAGAAAGAGGACGGAAAAGAUGAUAAAACAGAUAAAUUGAGUAAUAUUCAGGCAGAUAGUGAAAAUAAAGCUUUUAUCCAAAAUAAACAAGUUGAGACUGUUGAUAAUAAUCAAGAAGAACUCGAAAAACCAUGUUAUGCUGUAAAUCUGGACUAUGAUGAUGUUAAUAAUAAUGGUGAUGCUUGUGAAAAAUCCGAAGCAAGUGAAGAAAAAAAAACAGAAGAAAAAUCUAAAAAUGAUCAACAAAAAGUAAAAAAAAGGCGUAGAAGUUCACUCUGUUUUCUUCAACAAUGGGCUUGGAGUAGUAGCAGUCAACGUAGAUCACCGAGGGUAAGAGGAUCAAAUCGUCGAGAAGCUGAAAGAGAAGAAGUACAAUUGGAAGAAAUAAUGCGUCGUAUAUUUCCAAACAAUUUACUUCCUGAUACAACUAAAAUUAUUCGUGAUGAUCCAUUAAAAAGUAUAGAUGAUUCUAUGGAUACAAUGGAUCUUUAUCAAUUAUUUGCUAAUCGGGAUAAUAAUUCUAACAAUGAAGGUACAAAAAGUUCAGAAAGUUCAAAACCAACGAGUCCAGAAAUAAAUGAAAAAUAUUUUGAUACUGAUUUGGAAAAAAAUGAUGUUUCUGAUUUUAUUUUACGACACAGUGGAAAAAGCAAUAUAAUGAUUAUUAUUGCUAGAUUUACUGAAAUAUUAGCUACCAAAUGGAACAUUGAAUGGCCCAAGAAGUUAACUGAAAUUUACUUGCAAACUUAUUUAUUUAUGAGAGAGCAUAUUCCACAUGGUUCACCUUUUAGUGAGUCAUAUAAGGAAGAAUCAAUUCUCAAGUAUGAUGCUGAAAUGACUCUUCUAUUUUGCGAACUUCACACAGACAAGUGGCUUGAUAAUAAACCAGAUACUCUUCCAAGUGCAGCAAUUGAUAGAUUUGGCACUGGUAUACCAUCAGAAGAACUUGGAUACGUAUUGUUUUCAAGUAUACCGGAUAUAUCAAAUGAAGAAAGAACAUUAUUUUUAUUAAGAGUUCUUUGGGUAAAGGCAAAUGUAUUUAUGUGUCAGGGUGAUGCAGAUGUGGCAAUCAAAACACUAGAGCUUCUUCUCCAUGAUAUGCAAGAAUUGUUCUCGUCAAAAACAUCAAUUAGACUGCCAAAUUGCAAAUAUUAUUCGUGUUUCAAUGCGGAAAUUGUGAAAAAAAGACUGGCCUCAGUUGAAAGAGGACAAAAAUUAGGAGAAGUACAAAAGUUGUAUGAUGAGCAAAGAUACAUGGAGCUGUCAUUAAUUCUCCAAGAUACUUUUAAAUUUACAAAGCAACGCAAUGAAAUUGUCACAGUUACAAAGCUCAAUGUUGAUCGAAUACAACAACUAUCAAUGUUAUUAGAUUGCUUUUGGCAACUUCAACAGUAUGAAGAUUGUUUUGUCUGGGCUGAAAUGUGUCUAAAUGAGGCUUGGCAGGUUUAUAUUAAUUUGUCUGAAGAUGCUGAGCAAAUUAAAUGGUCACAAAGUGUUAUGAAUACUCUUGAAAAACUUGAAUCUUGUAUUGAAGCUACUGGUACGAUGAUUGUAAAAUAUUUACCCGAUUCAAAAUCAAAGAGAUUAAUUCAAAAUCUCAUACAAGUUCUCUGUCAUCAGUUAGAUGUUCCAGAAGGAACUAUUGAAAUGCCCAUCGAGACUGUAAUACCAUGGAUUAUUCUUCAUCAUAUAUUGCAAUACGAAGAUGAUAAAGAACGUGCUAAAUCAAAAAUAUCACAAAAAAUAAAAUCAUCUAAUGUCCAUAAUUCUGUGUCUGAUGAUGAGGAUGAUGAUAAAAACAUACCAGCAGCAAUAAUGAUAUUAUUUACUGGUCAUGAUUUUUUGGGUCGACAUUCUUGGUGUUGUAUUAAUGAAGCAAAAUUACUUAUUUUUACUAUUAAAACAGUCAUACCAAGUAUAUGUGGACCAAGAUUACAUGGUUUACGAGAAAAAAUUGGCAAACAUGUUGAGCAAAUAUUUUGGUGUCUAUAUGGGCAUCCAAAUCGUUUUAAUAAAACAAAACCUAAACAUCUUGAGGACCAUGUUGUACCUCAAAUCCCAAUGACAUGGGAUGUUGCACAGCUAUUGUUUGAAUUUUACAAGCCAGAUAUUUAUCCAGAAUUUGAUACAGCCAAGGCUACCGCAAUAUCAGCUGAUACAAAAAUAUUAUUUAAAAAAAUAAGUACACUUGUGCCAAAAGAACAUGAUCCAAGUUAUUUAGUCGAUGACAUGGCAGCUUAUAUUGUUGGUGACAUGGAUAAACCACCAACUGUAAAAAAACCUUUACCAUAUCAAGUUGAUUCACUCUACUAUCUUCUUGGUGAUUAUUCAUUUAAAAAUAAUGUCUGGCCAUCAGCAAUUAAAUAUUACACAAUGGACAUUAUACUUCAUCCUUUAGCUUUUAAUUCGUGGGUAGCAUUGGCAAUGUCAGUAUCAACAGUCAUUGGAACAUCACUCAAUAAUUGUAAACCUCUUUUAGACAUAAUGAAACUUCUUCAUCAGGCGAAAAUGGCACAAUGCAGUUAUCGACGAGCAACUGAGUUGAAACCCGGUCACAGUGUCAUUUGGAUUGAAUAUGGUAAUUUUGUUUAUGCUAUUCAUUCAUUUUGUUCACGUCUAUUAAAACAAGAGUCUGAUACAUUGAGUAUGGAAAAAUUUGCAAUUCUCGAAACACGAAAAGAAGAAACAUUGGAUGUUGCUGCUAAUUGUUUUAAUUCAGCAAAUAGUAUUUAUUUGGCUAAUAUUGAUGAUGAACCACAUAUGCAAGAUGAAAGAUGGCUUUAUCAGUAUAUGUUGGCAAAAAUAUCCGAAAAAAAAAAUGAUGAACCACUUAUUUUUUUGGGAUAUUAUAAACAUGCUAGUGAUUUAUUACAUCAAAAUAAUGCAUUUUAUCCACGAAGAAUAAGUCAUAAAAAUGCUCUUUAUUUAUCAAUUGAAGCAAUUGAAGUCCACUAUAGAAUUCAUGCAAGUAUAUUAAAAUAUCUUGAGCAACAUGAUUGUAAAAAAUUGAAAAAAUCAAUGGGUCAAUUGUUCAUGAAAAAUCUUAUGGACUGUGCAAGUAGUCCUUUUAUGCAAUUUCCAUCAAAAUUAAUGAAAAAUAAAAAAAAAGAAGAUGAUAAUGGUCAGGAAAAAGUGGUUAAUAAUCCAAGUGAAAAUAUGAGUAUUGAUAUUGUGUCGAAUAGUAGAACAAAUGGGGAAAAACGUCAGAACAGUGUUGAAGAAGUUAUUAUCUAUGAGAAAAGUGAGACAAUCAAGUCUAAAAAACGAUCAAGAGAAAGUUUAUUAGAUGAUUCAUCAAAAAGAAUUAAACUAAGUAGUGUCUCACACCUACAAUUGAUGCAAGAUGUAGUUGGUCUUAUUGAUGAUUUGAUAACUAAGGUUUGUGAAAAUGUUGUUAAUGAAAAAGAACAAAGAGAUACAUCGAGUGAUGAAGUAAUGAUUAUUUCAAGUGAUGAAAGUGAUAAAGAACGAUCAAAUCAGCCAGAUAAUAAAAACGACACACUCGGUGCUAAAAUUGCUGGUAAUUCUCAAGAUAUUAUAGAUGAUUUAAUGAAACAUGCUAACGAAAUCAACGAUAUACCUCUGUUGUUGCCCCAUGAUAAUAUUGAUAAUGUAAAUGUGCAGGCUAAUGACUCCUUUACAUCAUCAAAGGAUAAAUCUGAUAAGAAAAAGAGCCAAGUUAAUGCUGUUAAAAAUGAGGCUGCAUCGACAAUGAGUCGACGAGGCUCACAAGAAAGUACUACAACGACUCUUACUACAACAACUAAUGAAACUAAUAAUUCAAGCUUCAGUAGCAGUGAUGAAUCAAGUAGUAGCGAUGACAGUUCAAAUUCUGAUAGUUCAAGUGUUGAAACAGAUAGUGAUUCUGGUGACAGCGACACUGAGAAAAAAAAGACAUUGACUUUGGAAGAAGAGAAAGAAGAAUACAUGACUGAUGCCGAAGUCGGAAAAAUUAUUGCACUCAGUAUAGCUGGUCUUGAACAGUGUGUUUUGCGAUUUCCUGAACAUUACAAAUCAAUUUAUCGUAUUUGUCAUUACUAUUUUAACUCAAAAACAUUAAAAGAUAACAACAAAUGUCGUGAUUUACUUUUGGGAACAUAUAAAUGCCAGUAUUAUACUGGUCUCACAUUUCAAGGAUUAUUUGCAGACCGCAAAAAUACAAAUUUUUUUAAUGGUGUUUGGAGAAUUCCAAGUGAGGAGAUUGAUAGACCAGGUAGUUUUGCAUCUCACAUGUCGCGAUGUGUUACACUUCUCAUGCAAAUUUUGAAAGAGACAGAUGACAGUAAAAUGCUGAUGGAACUUUGUAUACAAUUGCGAAAAAUACCUGAUUCUGACAAAAAAUAUGUACGGGAUUCUGAACGCGAACAGUUAUCAACGCAGGCAUUGACACUGUGUUUGCAAUCCUUGAGAACACGAGUUAGUAUCAUGGGACCUCCAAGUAUCACUGAUAAUAUCCAACAGUCACGUUUAGAUGCUAGAACACAUUGUCUUUUAGAUGUUUGGAAAGCAUAUCAAUUAGUACAAAAAAACAUUCAAGGAAAAGAAGCUCAAGCUUUUGCAACACUACUUGUUGAUGCAUAUAAAUCAUACAUGGGUAUUAAAACGGCUGAAGGUAAUCUUGUAGAAGUAGCAUUAAGGUUUUGCCAACAGCAAAAUGCCGCAAAUAAAAAUGCAUCUGUAAAUUCAUUGCAACAAAACAGCAAUACUUUAACAUCAAUAGCAACAGCAGUAGCAUCAUCAUCAUCAUUAACAACAUCUACUGCUGUUGCUGCUGCUACUGCUAUUGCUGUCACUACUGUAUCAAGUGAACCAGCAAUCCAAACUCAGUCACAAUCAGUACCAACAUCCCCAAAAUCAUUAAAUCAUCAACGAAAAGCCUACAAGCAUUCAGGUACUGGUCGUCCUCGCGGUCGACCACCAAACAUAAACAAACAUCUUCAAAAUCCAUUUAAUACAUCUGGAGCAUAUGGAAAUUAUUUGGGAGCAACUGGAAAUCAAUCGCUUAUGGCUCCUUUUUACAUGAUGGAUCCAAAUAUGCUUUCAGCAGUUAUUGCCAGUGGGCUUAGUGGAAAUAUGAUGGAUCCUCUUGCAACAGUUAAUUAUCUUGCACGAAUGGGUAAUUAUCAAGAUAUGUAUAGGCAAUACUCCAAUUUAUCAUCAUUAAGUAGUUUUGGCAAUCUUCCAACAAGUUUACCAAGUGUCAGUAGUAUCUCUACAAUGAGCACAAGUGCAACAAGUAACUCAACAUCAUCACAGCCAAUUGUUUCUGUCCAUGGAUCAUUGAUGACUAAUGCCGGCAAUCCCACUGUUCAACAUGUGUUAAAUAAAAAAAAAUCAACAAGCACCCCAACAACGUACAAUCCAAUGACGUUCAAUCAAUCAAAACCAAUUACAACGAUAUCGUCCUUGUCAAGUAAGGAAUUGUCGCACAGUGUCUCAAUUACACCAGUUACUGCUGCUAAUUCUAAGCAAAAAUCAAUACACAUACCAGUACACACUGAUCCAGUUUCUGCACAGUUUGCAAAAGUCAUAGAUGCCGCACAACCAUUAAAAUCAAUAUCUCAUUCACCAACUCAAAUGCCAUUGCUGAAAUCUUCACCAGCAACACAGCUACCACUACCACAAUCAUCAACAUCACCACUGCCUAAACAAAUGUCAGCUACACAAAUUCGUAUAUCAAAAACUCUCUCCGAACCACAACCAGCUCACAAUUCUUCAUUUUCGGUAUCACCAGUAAAAUCCAGUGGUUCAACUGGUAUCAGUUUACCACCAGUUGGUAUCAAUCAUCAAAGUUCAAGUUUAAAUAUACAAUCAGUGCCACAUGGUAUGUCACAAUCAUAUGGUCCAUCUUUGCAACAAAAAUUACAAUUUAAAAAGCAAGGACAGCCAAUUUCUACAAGUCAAAAAACAUCUAGCAGCAAUCCAGCUAAAAAGCAAAAAACAUCAUUGAAAAAUCAAAUUCCAUCAUUACCUACGAAUAUUCAGAAUUUGUUGAAUAUGGGUGGUGCCGGUGCAAUUGCUGCUGCACCAUUUGUUCCCUCAGAACUUGGUGGUUUGUCUGUAAGUGCUGUUAAUCAUUCUAUAAAUCAAAAAGGAUCUUCAAAAUUAUCAAGUUUUCGUAAACCUAGUAAAUCAAAAACCGGUGAUUUACCAACAAGUUCACAAAAUUCAGUAUUACAGCCAAGUCCGUCUGAAGCACUAUCAAUGCUAUCACAAUUACAGCAACAUUCACAUCUUGAAAUAAUACCACAAGCAAAGACAUACAAAUCAGCUGUUGAUUAUUCGACAAACGUGCCAUCAUCUUCGAGUGUUUUACCCAAAAAAACAGUAGACAAUACUCGAUCUGUUGUCUCACCUCAUGAUGCCUCACGAAAAUCAAAUAAUUCACAAAAACAAAUUGAUAAACAUGUGCAUGAUAAAGUGGAAAUAAUCACUUUGGAUGAUUAAAUUAUGUAAAAUGCUUAAACUCUAGGCUUACUAAUAAUUAUUAAUUACUAGUAGUCUCAUUUUAGAUUAUGUAAAAUUUAUUUAUUUAUUUUUGUUUUUUGUUCAUCAGAAAUAAAGUGUUUUAUCAAUUUUAAAAUAAACAGUGAGAAACAGUUUGUAUUUCAGUGUUGUUUUUUAGAUUCCGGCCAGAGAGUCUAUUGGUUUUUACAUGAUGUUUCUUUUUUUUUUCUAGUUUUUUGUGACUGGAGAGCUUUGAUAUGUGGCUUAUAAAUAGAGGAGAGAAUUAAUUUGACGUUAUACGAACGAAGGAGAAAUGAGCCGGAGAGUGGGAGUAUAGGUUUACCGAAAAAUUUCCUCUCCUCUUACCUAUUGACUAUCUUAUAAAAAGAGUGUACUGUACUUUUUUUCUUUUAAACAAAAAAUCGUGCGUAAAAGUAUUUCUUUACGCAUUAUAAUUGGUGCGUAAUGGCGUCUUUUACAGAGUGUCAAAAAUGUGUGAAUUUCCAAAGCGUCGGAGGGGUAGUGCGUUUUUUGGAAAUUCACACAUUAU